UACUAUUUACGUGAAAGGCCACGUACCAAAAGUGAACCUAGCCAUUGUGCAGGUAUUGAAAUUGAACCCAGCCAUUGUGCGGGUAUUGAAAUUUGAACCCAGCCAUUGUGCGGGUAUAUAAAACAAUUAACAGCCACAACUGCUGCUAUAUUCAAACAAAAUAACACUGCUGACUGCUUGCUGACUUGCAGGUACAUUACUGACGAAUAUACUGACAAAUAAAAAUCAUCAGUAAUAUCUAAAUUAACUCGACAAUUGACAAUUGGUUUUGAGUUCUAGGCCACAAAUAUGGGUGUCACUAUUGAAGUUUAUCGCUCCAGGAUUGGUUCACACCACAAUUUUACAGACCGUCGCAACAGUAUGUGCCGUCUUAAAGAGUUCCUUAAUGAUUUAUAUUGUUGCCAAAUCAUGAUAGUAUUGGAACAUCAAAUGGUGCAGAUGAUUUAACAACACCCAACUCACCAGAAGAUGAAUGGACUGAAGGUGAAGAUGAGAUACCGGCUGGAGUAACCGACAAUAUGUUGACUCCACCAGAUUUUGUCAGUGAUAGUGAAAGACAGGAAAUUUAUAAUGUUGCACCUGGUGAAGGUAAUAGACCAUUGAGUAUAUUUAGAGAUCAGUAUUCUGAAGAAAUGGCAUAUCCAGGAAUAUUUCUCGGACAAAAACGACCAGAUGAUAAACAAAGGUUAAGAAGUGUUUACUAUAGUGAAAUAUGUAAAUCUGAGUUAAGAAGAUCUGAUCGACGAGCUGCCAUGUGUGUUGAAAAUAUAUUCUUCAAAGCUAAAAAAUUACAAAUGAAAUUUUUGAUUGGUCAGUCACAGGUUGCUCUCCGAAAAAACAAAAUAGGUAACAGAACACUUACUGCUGGAGACCUAAAAACUACAGAAGGUUUACAAAGUUUAAUAAACCAUGAUGAUGGUUUCAGAUUUAUGAAAACUCUCAGGGGUUCACUGCCUUAUUUUGAACGAGCCAAAAAGGACUUGUUUGCUAUGAUUCGCCAGUUGGGACCAGCAUCAUUAUUUUGCAGUUUCUCAUCAGCAGAAACAAAAUGGAAUCACUUAUUAAGAAUUCUCGGUAAACUUAUUGAUCACAAGGAAUUUAGUGAUGAAGAAUUGAACAAUCUCACUUGGGAGGAAAGGUGUCGACUGAUUCAAAGUGACCCAGUAACCUGUGCAAGACAUUUUGAUUUUCAGUUCAAUACUUUCUUAAAAGAUGUCUUAAUGGGCAAACUUGCCCCAUUAGGAAAAAUUAAAGAUUGGUUUUAUAGAGUUAAGUACCAACACCGAGGGUCACCUCAUAUUCAUAUGUUGAUAUGGCUUGAAAAUGCACCAGUGUUUGGUGUUGAUAAAGAUGAAGAUGUUGUUGCUUAUAUUGACAGCAUAAUUACCUGUAACAAACCAGAAGAUGAUUUGGAAAUACUCGAUCUUGUAAAUAGACAGACACACAGGCAUUCUCAUACUUGCAGGAAAAAGUCUAAAAAUAUUUGUAGAUUCAACUAUCCACAACCACCAAUGAGAUGUACUCAGAUUCUUUAUCCACUUGAUGAAGAUACUUCUUCGACUGCUGCUAAAGCCAGCAAAGAAUUGUGGAAAAAUAUUAAAAGUAAACUAAAUGAUUUCAAGGAAGGUAAAGACAUUACCUGUGAUGAACUACUACAAGAUUUAGAUGUUUCAGAACGUCAGUAUAUCCUUGCUAUACGAUCAUCUUUGAAUACUCCAACAAUCUUUUUGAAAAGAAGUCCAAAUGAGUUAAGGAUUAAUAAUUACAAUCCUGUUUGUCUUCGAGCAUGGCGAGCAAACAUGGACAUUCAAUAUGUCUUAGAUGUAUAUGCAUGUGCAAUGUAUAUUGUAUCAUAUAUUUCCAAAGGUCAAAAAGGAAUGAGUGAAUUACUUCGUAAAGCUUGUGCUGAAGCAAAAGAAGGGAAUACUAAUAUCAAACAGCAAGUUCGUGAUAUUGGCAACAAAUUUUUGAACGCUGUCGAAAUAAGUGCACAAGAAGCUGUGUAUGUUGUUCUGCAACUUCCAAUGCGAAAAUCUUCACGUAAUGUAAUUUUCAUUAAUACAUCUCCUCCUUCUGAAAGAGUCGAAUUGCUUAAACCGUUGAGUGAAAUAGAGAAAAUGGCUGAUGAAUCGGAAGAAAUUCAGUCUGGAGGUCUUUUAAAAAGAUAUAUAGAACGACCUGAUUGUUUGCAAAGUGUGACACUAGCUGAUUGGGCAGCAUGGUACGACUCUUGUGGUCAACAGACAUAUAGAAAAACAAACAAGUCUGAUGUUGAUAAACUUCCAUUAGAAAAUGAUGAUGAAGAUAAUAACGAUGAAUUACCAAAUGACGAAAAUCUUCAAAUGGUAAAAGCUUCUGGAAGUAAAAAUGUAAAGAAAAGAUCUCGAUCUAGAGUAAUCCGAAGUGUCUGGUUUAAUAAAGAGGCACAACCUGAAAAACAUUAUCGGGAGUUAAUUAUGCUAUUUACUCCUUGGCGAAAUGAGCAAACCGAUUUGUUGAGAAAUUAUUCUUCUUUUGAGGAGCACUAUUUAGCUCGAUAUGAUGAAAUAAAUAAGCAAAUGGAGCAAUAUGCUGUUUGUAACGAAGAUUUAAAUGAAAUUGGACAUAAUUUUGACGAAUGUGAUGAUGCUUUUGAUACAAUAGCACCUGUGACACAAGAUGUUGAACGACAUGAUCAGGACCAAGGAUGCGUGGACACACAUCCAGAUUUAAACGAAACUUUUGAUCAUCUUGCAGAAAAUUUGGGUAUACCGUCUUCUUUACCAAAUAAUGAACCGCUCAUCUUAAAUGAAAUGCAAGAUAACGAAUAUCGAGCUUUAGUUCAGAUGCUGAAUAAGAAACAAAGAGAGUUUUCUAUCAUGCUCUGCAUUUGA